GCGGUGGCUGCCCUCCUCUCCCCCAUGGCCACAAAACAUAUCCUCAGGGCUCAGCUGCGCUCGUAUCCAGCAAACGGCCAUGUCGCCUUCGUGCCCAACAUAAGAAAAGUAGUCCUCGAGUACUGUCAGAACUAUCCAUCAUCAACAAACACCCGUACCUUCCUCGCAAAUGACAUCGAGCACCUCGCCCGGCAGAACCCUCAUGUCGAGUUUGUAGUCAAACAACGCAACGGCCACGAGCCAAUAGCACGAGGACUAUACGCGAACGGUCGAGACAAAGUCGUUCCGCUCCAGGGCUUCGAAGUAAAUGGAAUUCAGAGAAAAAUUCAGCUGCUCCUGGAUUCUUCCGGUGCAAAAAUAAAGCCACUGAAGAAGAACAAUAUCGUUGAAAGCACAUCCCAGGCGGCAAGAGGUAUAUGGAGCGGUAUGCAUGUCGAUACACCUUUCAAAAUAUAGGUCGCAUAUUGCUCUUUUACAUACGUUGCCUCUGUUUAUUACUCUACAUUUCUGUGCAAUUCUAGAGUUCAAUUGCUAGUAUUAUUC